AUUUAAUACACGUGAGUUUGCAGAAGCUUUUCUGUACUACAGUCCACGAAGGUUUAAGCCCUGAAUUAAAAAUGUCGUGGCUGUUUGGUACAAAUAAAGGACAAAAUAUUCAACCACCACAAAUCUCCCUCCCGCCUGUACCACCGGAUGGAGAUGACAAGGGAGGAAAAGAUGGAUCUAAGUCGAAAAUGGAUGCAUACCGAUUUGACUCUGCAGCCUUGGAAAGGGCAGCAAAAGCAGCUAAGGAAUUGGAAGCUACAAAACACUCCAAAGAAGCAUUAGAAUUAUCUAAAAUGCAGGAGACAACUUUGCAGCUUGAAAAUCAAAAGAAGCUGAAGGAAAUGGAAGGACAAAUAGAACAGCUUAAAAUAGAACAGGCAAGAGUUACACAAGAGGAAAGAAGAAAGACAUUAGCUGAAGAAACAAAACAACAUCAGCAGAGAGCUCAAUUCCAAGAUCAGCUGGCACGGAAACGAUAUGAUGACCAGUUAUCACAACAAGCCAGACUUAAUGAAGAAAAUCUAAGAAAACAGGAAGAAUCCACUGCAAAACAGGAACAAAUGAGGAAAUCCACUUUAGAACAUGAAUUUGAUUUAAGAAGAAAGAAUGAAGAAGCUAGAGUGAAAGCAGAAAUGAGAGCCAAAGCAGUAGUUGAUAGAGAAAACCAAGAUUUAAUACGGGAACAGAUAAGACUUAAAGCCAAGGAACAGAGAGAAACUGUAUUGGAAUCUAUUAAAACUGCAGGUUCAGUUUUAGGUACUGGUUUCCAAGCCUUUAUAUCAGACUGGGAUAAAGUAGCAGCCACUGCAGCAGGCCUAACACUAGUGGCUUUUGGUAUUUAUGGUGCAAAGUACGGAACUGGAGUAGGUGCCAGGUUUAUUGAGGCCAGAUUAGGGAAACCUUCACUAGUCAGAGAAACAUCUCGUCUCACAGCAGUAGAGGCUGUCAAACAUCCAAUCAAAACAGUUAAGAGAAUGGUCACUAAACCAGAAGAUGCAUUGAAAGGUAUUAUACUCAAGCCAUCACUUGAAGAGAGAUUACGGGAUGUUGCCAUAGCAACAAGACAUACAAAAAAGAACAAAGGUUACUAUAGAAAUAUAUUGAUGCAUGGACCACCUGGUACGGGGAAAACAAUGUUUGCCAAAAGUUUAGCUAAACAUUCUGGUAUGGACUAUGCCAUAAUGACUGGAGGAGACGUUGCACCUAUGGGAAAAGAAGGAGUAACGGCUAUGCAUAAAGUUUUUGAUUGGGCAAAUACAAGUAGAAAUGGGGUAUUAUUAUUUGUAGAUGAAGCUGAUGCAUUUUUAAGGAAGAGAAGUAAGGAACUUAUCAGUGAAGAUUUAAGAGCGACGUUAAACGCCUUUCUGUACAGAACAGGAGAACAAUCAAAUAAGUUUAUGUUAGUAUUAGCUAGUAAUCAGCCAGAACAGUUUGACUGGGCAAUUAAUGAUCGAUUAGAUGAAAUGGUGGAGUUUGAUGUACCUACGUUAGAAGAAAGAGAAAGAUUAGUUCGACAAUAUUUUGAUUUAUUUGUUCUCAAACCAGCAGCAGAAGGAAAGAGGAGACUGAAAGUAGCAGAAUUUGAUUAUAGUGCUAAAUGUGCAGAGAUAGCAGCAAAUACUGAAGGGCUUUCAGGGAGAGAGAUAUCAAAAUUAGGUGUAGCAUGGCAGGCAGCAGCUUAUGCAUCCGAUGAUGGUAUUCUAACAGAGAAAAUGAUUGAUGAACGAGUUCAGGACACGAUUAAACAACAUGCAAAGAAAGUCACAUGGCAUGAAGAUCAAGAUGCUAAAGCAAAAGAACAUUUAGGAUCAGCAUAUACAUCUAUAAAAGAUGCUUCAGUGACUCCGGCUCCUACUAAAAAUAGUUAACCAAACAAUAACUUAGGUUUUAUUUAAUCAAUUAAAUGCUGGAAUUUAUCCUAUUCCAGAUUGAAUUUAAGUGCCGAAUUAUACUUAACCAAUACUGGUAUUAGCCAACAAAUUUGGCAUGGCAAGUUAAAACGAAUUUUCUGUUAGAAAGGCUGUGAUAAAUGUAUGUAAAUGGACCAAGUUACAGAUUUGCAUGUUCUACAAUACAGUGGUGACAAGAUCUUCAAGCCAGAAGUGUGGUAUUGUUAGGCUCUGCAUAAGACACACCAUGACUUAUCAUCCCAGGUGUAGUCAAUAUAGAGUGUGUAUAGAGAUGUUAUGUGUGUGUUAACUAGAAGCAUGUGAAAUCAUGUUAUUGCGACAGAUUAAAUAGUUGUGAUUGAUAUGUUUUUAAAUGUUGUCGCAUACUACUGUAAUCAGUACAGAAAAUAAUAAACCAGUUUUUUAUUUAA